GCGCAUGCGCUGCUGCUCCCCGCGGCUGCGCACUGCACCUUGGGGGCGGGCCAGGGGUCAGGACGGCUGGGUCCUUGGGGGAGGAUAGCACAUGGCAGCGCUACGCUUCUUGCACCGGGCUGCCCGGGCAGGUCCGCCUGUUCCCCCCUUGUGCUACCUGCGGGCACUCAGCACUACCACCCCCCGGGAGUGCUACAAGUAUGUCAACAUCCAGGAGCCGGCUAUGGACAUGAAGUCCAUCACCGACCGUGCUGCGCAGACCCUGCUGUGGACAGAGCUCUUCCGAGGGCUGGCCAUGACACUGAGCUACCUGUUCCGGGAGCCGGCCACCAUCAAUUAUCCCUUUGAGAAGGGUCCUCUGAGCCCACGCUUCCGUGGGGAGCACGCGCUGCGCCGCUACCCGUCGGGCGAGGAGCGCUGCAUCGCCUGCAAGCUCUGUGAGGCCGUCUGCCCCGCACAGGCCAUCACCAUCGAGGCUGAGCCCAGGGCGGACGGCAGCCGCCGCACCACGCGCUACGACAUCGACAUGACCAAGUGCAUCUACUGUGGCUUCUGCCAGGAGGCUUGCCCUGUGGACGCCAUCGUGGAGGGUCCCAACUUUGAGUUCUCGACGGAGACGCACGAGGAGUUGCUGUACAACAAGGAGAAGCUGCUCAACAACGGCGACAAGUGGGAGGCUGAGAUUGCGGCCAACAUCCAGGCUGAUUACCUGUACCGGUGAUGGUGGGGAGACCACGCCGUGUGCCCCCCAAAUCCCGUUAAUAAAGUGGGCAUCCACCAGCCCUUUCCUACGCCCGA